AAUAUUAUUAUUAUUAUUAUUUUUCCAUUUUCCACUUGAUUGUUAGAGAAAGAGAACGGAGCGAGAGAGAGAGAGUGAGAGAAAAUAUGGAGACUGCAAUUUGUGGGAGACUAGCUCUUUCACCCAACACCGUCUUCAAUUCGAAACCAGGGGACAGACAGUCUCUUUGUAGAGGGGCAUAUGCCAAUCGGAACAUUCUCAUGGCUGUUUCAGCAACAGGACCAGGUAAAGGAGGGGUAUUGGAGAGGCCAGUUAUAGAGAGAACCAGUCCGGGCCGAGAAUCCGAAUUUGAUCUGAGGAAAAAAAAGAAAACAACUCCACCUUACCGAGUGAUACUGCACAAUGACAACUACAAUAAACGGGAAUAUGUUGUCCAAGUAUUAAUGAAGGUUAUACCCGGAAUGACUCUGGACAAUGCAGUUAAUAUCAUGCAAGAAGCACACUACAAUGGGUUGUCAGUUGUGAUUAUUUGUUCUCAGGCGGAUGCAGAGGAUCAUUGCAUGCAACUAAGAGGCAAUGGGCUACUUAGUUCUAUUGAACCUGCAAGUGGUGGUGGUUGCUGAAAAGAUAUAGCCCUAGUGAAAAAAACCCUGGGUACUCGUUCAAAAGUGAGAGAUUGUUGUAUAUAAAGCCAGUAGUGCUCAUAUUUGUAUGAACCUCAGUCAUCCUAUGGUCAAAUUAAUGACAGCAGGGUGGUAGUAAUUUUGAAUAAAACUCGGUAUGCGAGGCGUUUAUGUGGUUA